AUUUCUUUCUCUCUCUCUUAGAUAUAUUAUCGCAUUAACAUUUUCAUAUUCUUAUACGCUUUUAUGAAAAUUGCAUUCUUCCUUUUUUACCUUCUGUUUACGUCACGCCCAUAAAAUGCGUCAGUCACUGAAAUAAAACGCUGAAAUAUAUUUAAAAAAAAAGAAACCGGUAAUCUUGAAUCGAGUAAACAGGAGGUAUUUCCCACGUUUCUACGUCUGUAGCUUCAGUCUUUGUUUGAUUCCAUUAAUUCCGUAUUUGUUAACGCCUUUUAACAAGCUAUGAAAAAAUUAAAAAAUUGAACUAAAGAAUGAUUCACUCGAGGUUCUCGAAAGAAUUGAAUUACUUUUUAUUAUCAUCUCUUUUAAUGUAAAUAUUUUAAUUCGAUGCUCGUCUUUGAGGAGAUCCUUGAUCCUUUUUGCUUAUCUUGAUACUUUUUUCUCGACAGCUUUUGUCUCCACGUGACAUUGACUUUCAAAUUAAUUUUUAUAACAUUUUAUUUUUGGGGGGGAGAAAUGUCAACGGUAUUGAGAUAAAACAGGACUCGCUUCUCGAAUAAAUUCUCGAUAAAAAUUUCAGCGAAUUAUUACCUGCAUAACAAUAUUUAAUAUUAAUUGUGCGUGCGUGUCUUCGAUUCUGAAUUCUGAAUUUUGUUUACUCGCGUUUGACGAAAAACCGCAUUUAAAAUUGUAUUCGGCUAUUCCCGCCUCUCCCUCUCUCUGAGCUAUCCCUCUGUGACCUCACUCUGUCGGGCGUAAUGCAAACAAAAGUAAAAAUAUUUUUGAUCAACGCGCGAUCAACGUUCAUCCGAAAUGAAAGCAUCGCGCUAGUCCAUAUAUUUCUUAAAUUUCAGUGGCACACAGCAGACGACUCGCGUCCACUGAGCGGGCAGCACGGUUGCUCCAAGUUCGUCCAAGGACAAUCGGGACGGUCGGUGCUCCGCUCUGGCCCAUGUCCGGGACACCGCGAGAACUCAGUUCUUCGGGAAUCUUUCCUGCGGAAGGACACGAGUGCGAGUCGCGAGUCCACGGGCGUGCGAUUAUCGCGAGUGCUGGCACGGGGGAUCCCGACGAGUUCGGGCAUUGAAGGAAAUCUACGCAAAGCAUCAUCUCCCGCCACGGAGGCUUUGGUUUCCAGUUAUCUUGAUCUCGUUGUUCCCAUGGACGAUCCUGCGACGCGCAAAGGCUGCAGGAGGGCCAGAAUGGAACCUUACGUUGACGCGUGUUACAGCCAGAACACUACUAGCACCGCUACCGUGUGCGACGUACCGUCGUUCACCUCCGCACCUUCGAGCAACAUGCGCUACUGUGCGGACUCGGUGCACAGGACUAGCGCGUGUGCGACGGACAUCAAGUACGGAAAUCACAUCGACAAGCAGAGGUACAAGAGUCUGAGAAAGUGGAAGCGACUUGGAAAAGACAGAGCAAGCAGUAACGCGGAGGACGCUUUCAUGCUGAGGCUCCUGUCCUUCAAUAUCCUGGCGCAGAACCUGCUGGAGGAUCACUCGUACCUGUACAUGAACCACAACAAGAAGGCUCUUAACUGGAAGAUUCGCAAGCCCCUCGUGAUACAGGAGAUACUCGACGCGGAGGCCAAUGUGAUAUGUCUUCAAGAGGUGCAGGAGGAUCACCUGCUGGACAUCACGACCUCCUUCAAGCAGCUUAGAUUUGAUUACCUGUAUAAAAAAAGAACCAACGACAAGAGGGACGGUCUGUUGCUGUUGUACCGUUCCGAUCACUUGGUUCUGAUGGAGUACGCGAAGGUGGAGCUGUACCAGUCCGGCGUCGAGCUCUUGAACAGGGACAACGUAGGGAUGAUCGCGAAGUUUGCCCUCAGAGACAGUCCGCAAACGCAAAUCGUAGUCGCUACCACUCAUCUGUUAUAUAACCCGAAGCGUAACGAUGUAAGAUUGGCGCAGGUGCAGCUUCUCUUAGCGGAGAUCGAGCGAAUUGCAUUCGUCGAGAAUACGAUAUCGGGUCCGAAAUACCUACCGAUCCUACUGGCGGGCGACUUUAAUCUGGAACCGUUCACGGGAGUCUACAAGUUCCUAACGGAGGGUGUGUUUGAGUACUACGGCAAGGGCCGUAGCUUAGAACCGACUCCGUAUUGUUCGUUAUCCAAUUCUCUGAUACCGCCGCGACUAUGCGUCACCGACAAUUGCCAGCACUUUAAUAUUCUCACUCAAAGGCUGCGGAGGGAGGGCACCGGCAGAGUCAUGCUGCAAAAUAGCGAGGUCCACAACGAGAACACGCCCACGCCUUGCAAUAUAAACGUGCCGCAACAGGGCGACGUCAACGUCGACACCAGUCGCGCGCAGAUAAUCGAGAUUGUCCAAGGCCACUCCGCGAGAUUCUCAUCCGGCACCUUGACGCACCCCUUCAACUUGUCCAGCGUUUACGCGCACGUGAACCACCACGGUGAGAAGGAGGCGACGACGCAUCAGGACGAGUGGGUCACCGUCGACUACAUAUUCUACAGCAACAUCCAGCCUGUAGAGAGAUACAGCUUGCCUACCGUCAACCAGUGCGCCGCGUUGUCGAGAAUACCAAAUUUCGUAGUGGGCAGCGAUCACUUGUGCAUAGGUGCGACUUUCCAGUUACCGAAAAAAAAAUUUCUACUCUAAGAUAAGCAACUUUUUUCCCCUCACACGUCUAUUUUAUUGUUAUAUUGAAAUUUAUAAAUUUUUUUUUGACACAAGUAUUUAUGAUUGAAUUAUAAUUUAUGUCGGACACUUAUAUACAUAUAUGUGUGUGUUGAUUUUGAAAUGACCGCAGAAGCGCUCUAGGGAAGAGAAUAAAUAUUUUUGUUUCUUUUUGUGUUUUAUUUUCUUGGCGGUAAUAAGUGAAAUAUGUGAUGAGUAUAUAUCAAAUCUUUUCUUUUCCUAAUUCUAUAAUCGAUGAUAAUUAAAGGAUAAGUAUCUCACAUCUCGAGUUUCGUUUAAAAAAAUGUGGUAAAAUUCCAAGGCCGUUUAUUUGCAUUAACAAUACCAAUCGACUCGUAGUAGCUGUGACUAAUAUUGUAGACUAAGACGAUUAUAUAUGUAUAUAUAUAUAUAUAUAUCACAUAAGAGACUGUGAUAUAGCAAUUAUUAAUUUAAGAACUGACACAUGAAAAAGGUAGACAAUACAAGUACCUACGAUUCUAUUAAAAACUUUCAAUAACAACGUACGUAAAAUAUUGUACAAAUUUUGUAUACAAUAAAUAAAAAAAUAUAGAAAA